ACUUAAAUUUAGUACCGCUUGGUCAUUUCGUUUAGAUUUCUUUAUUUUUGCUACCGCGAUUCCUGCCGAGCUGCCGACCAAAGCUGCAUGCUGCAUCCUACUAAAACUCUAGCUAGCCACCGUAGCUGUGCCAUCGCCAACACAUCGAUCAAGCGGCUGCCGUCUACCAACAUACCAAGCUUAACGUCAACAACAGCGGAACCAUGGGUAUCAUGAUGAGUCGUCUCUUUGAGACCCUCUUUGGGUCCAAAGAAGUCCGAAUUCUGAUUCUUGGAUUGGAUAAUGCGGGGAAGACCACCAUCCUGUACAGAUUGCAAAAUGAAUCCGACGAGGCCGUACAAACGAUCCCGACGAUUGGGUUUAAUGUGGAGACUCUACAAUACAAGAAUAUUAAGUUUCAAGUGUGGGACUUAGGAGGACAAACCAGUAUCCGUCCCUAUUGGCGUUGCUAUUAUCCAAAUACCGAUGCCAUUAUUUUUGUGGUAGACAGUGCUGAUUCGGAGCGAAUGGCGGUAGCAAGAGGAGAAUUGGCGGCCAUGUUGGAGGAAGAAGAUUUGCGCGAUGCCAUUCUGCUGGUGUUUGCCAAUAAACAAGAUCAAAAGGGUGCAUUGAACGCGCAGCAAAUCAGUGAUGCAUUGGGAUUGCCAGAAGUGAGAAACCGUCAAUGGUCGAUCCAAGAAACCUCAGCAUUGAAGGGAAAGGGACUCUUUGAAGGAUUCGAUUGGCUCGUGACGUGCAUCAAGGGUGCGGAAGGAGAGUAGAAAACAACAAUUUGCUACAGCAAACGGCAUGGUCUUUUUCUUCUCUUUUCUUGGUUUUGGAUGGAUAUGGUCAUACUGUACAUCCAGAGCUGAAUUCGAUUUCGUUCAUUAGUUGAGCCACAUCAUAUCAAAUAAAACAAUCUGCGACUUGUCAUUCUUGGAUGGUGCUGAUUUCGGAGGAUCAAUCGCCGCCCUUAGUCGACGUCUCUUUAUUAUGGCAGGCCAAGAGCAAAAGUCGAACUUGUAAUUUGAUCCAAUGAUUGACUAGCUAGACACUUUUUAUCUGACGUGCUUGCGCCGAUGUUCGUACGGUAUCCGCAUCAUUUUAAAAGGCAGUGUGUUUCUGCCCCAUCGUUCUCAAAAGCUAUAGGAAAAAAUGUCCCAGAGAAUUGUAUAGUACUGUACGGUACGCGAGCAUAUUGCCAAAUCUCGGACAACCUUCCUAAUACGGUACGUUACGAAAUAUCCACAGUAUACUUAACUUAGGAAUUAAAAAGUCCCCGG